ACAAAGCUUGCGUAUAUGGUCCGCCAGCCAAUUGGUAUUGUCGGGCGGAUUACACCGUGGAAUCUCCCGCUCAGUAUGACCGCCUCGAAGCAUAGCUCGGCAUUGGCAGGCAGCAACAUGGUCGUGUUGAAACCUGUAAAGCAAGUUACACUGGGUAUAUGA